UCUGUCAUCCUGAAAUAUUAAGUUUUUGUUUUUAUUUCGAGGUAAACGCUAGUCAAUUUAUCAUAAAUGUAGUCUGUACGACGAUUUCUGCAAGUUAUUUUUGAAAAUAACACGCAAUAUCUCGACAGAAGAAUGUCUUUAAGCUAUUGAUCUUCAUAAAACAGACAGUUGUUUUGAAUCAUCAACAUUGAACUAUGAAUUAAAAUUUAACUUAUUGAAGUUGAAGUAGAAAAUGAUUUCAUUGACUCUGGCUGCUCUUUUAUUAAAUUUUAUUUAUGUUGAUUCUCAUUUAACUUUGACAAUUAUCCCAUUUGGCAAGGACAUUGUUUUGGAGGAGAAUGCAGAUUUAAACUUGACUUGCAGAGUUAUCUCCAAAGAAAGGACAAGUACUCGGUUUGAAUUGUCAUGGAAGCUACCGACUAGAUCAAAUGCACCUUCUAAAUCAAAUGGAAAUGGUGAUCGUAUUACUGUAUACCAAAGAAAUGACCAAUUGACAGUUACUAUCCAUAACUUACAAGAAGAUGACACUGGUUUAUAUGUAUGUAAACUGCAGGAUAAGGGAAUAAUAUGGACUCGAAAAAUAUCUGUCUUUGUACGAUCAAAAAAAUGCGUGGAACCAUUUUUUGACUGUGGAAGUGGCUUAUGCAUUUCCAAACACUAUGUGUGCGAUGGUUAUGUAGACUGCCCCAGUGGGUAUGAUGAAGCUUUUAAGUAUUGUGGACCAGAUGCCUGUCAUGGCAAAAUUUUGUGUGAUGGUCGUUGCAUACCAAAAGAAUUGUGCUGUGAUCCUACUACAGAACCAAAUUGUACUGCAAAUUAUGUUAUGCCGUGCUGCCAACAUAUAUUGCAUGCUGGUCUGUACCAAUAUGGAGCAUUCCAUGGUGAAGUCAAUUCUUCACCCUGCUCUUCAUCUGAAGAGUGCCAUUACCCUGGCUUUGGCAAUUCCAUAUUAUAUAUUGUGGCCAGCUGUGCAGGAGUUAUAAUGAUAGUGUCAACAGUUAUCAUGUUUCUAGCCUGUCGCUUGUGCUCUCGUCAUUCAGAAGAACUGCAGAGAUGGGCUAGAGUUCCAGCCAGUGGAAUGCAUCGCCAGUAUUUGCAAGGUGCUCUGAGGGAUUCUGAUUCAACUGACAAUAUUGACUUCCUGUUUGAAGAUGAUGUGUACCAAGGAAAUAGUGGUUCUGAAACCAACGACGAUUUUGUUCUCGUCAAUUUUGUCCCUGGAUUCGGAUUUGAAGUUGCAGAUUGUGGUCCUAAACCACCUCCGUACACUGAAAAUGUGAUUGGCAUUCCCCCUCCUCCAUAUGAAAGCUCCAGUGAUAUUUCUGAUUCAAACAAAAAUGCUUCUGGAGAAGUCAUACCAGCUAUGAACAAUGAGGAUGCAUCUAAUCAGUAAUUUAUUACAUCUUUCUUUACCAAAAGUACUUAAAAAAUUUCUUAAUUAUAAACAUUUUUCUACAGUAUUAAAUUUCAAAAAUUCCAAUUUUAUUUAAAUAUUGAAAGACUGAUGUUUUAUAAUUAGUAUUGUUCGAUUUUAAACCGCAAAAUCUAAGUUGUUCCAAAUUAUCAUUAAGAAUUAUUUAUUGUAUUUAAAUGAGAAAGUUAUUUAUCUGAAUUUGUUAUUUACUUAUUAUUUUGAUAAUUUAUUAUUUUAUAAAUGGAUAGUUCUGAUUUUAAAAAAGUAAUGAUGAUAACUUCAUAUAUUUCCCUUGUAAAUACAUAUCUUCUGCCAAAAUGGCAAACUAUUAGAUACACUUUUUUUUUUUUUUCAUGCUUUUGUUUUGUGCCAGGGAAAAGUUUUUUUUUAUUUAUUAUAUAAUUCCUAGUUCCUUAGUUAAUGUGCAAUAAGUAACAAAUUUUAUGGGUAUUUUUCAUCGCCAUUCCAUUUUUUAAUGUAGUCGAGCAUAUUUACAGUGAUUUUAAAUUACCGUUGAUGAAUAAAUCUAUUUUGUUUUUAUAGCAUUUGAAAUUUUAAAUACAAAUGUCUUGAAAAAAGGCCAGUUUUUUUAUAUGCAUUUUCAUUCAUCACAUUUGAUUAAUUUAUUAAAAAAAAAAUAUUGUAAUAUUUGUUGAGACAGAUAAAAUCUAUUUAAAACCUGUUGUGAGUGAAUUAUUAAAAAUUCAUUUGGUGCUGCCCAAUUAAAAAAUGUGCAUAUUAUAAUUAUUUAUAUGUAUAUUAUUAUAAAUCUUUUUUCUUUGAAGUUGUACAGAUCACAAAAAUGUAGUUAAUUUAAUGCACCAGUUAUAUGCCUAAUAUUUCAUGUUCAUAUUUCCUGAAGGUUCAAAUGCUUCCAGUUCAAAUUUGUACAUUCUAAAAAUUGUGUAAAAAAAUGAAUGUGCAUUAAUUACAUAAAUUGGAGCUUGAAAUGGUGCCAUAGAAAUUCUUAUUUAGAGUCUUAUAAAAGAAUUCUUUUUAAAAUAUGUGUCAUUUAAUUGGAAGUUUUGAAAUUAUACACCUUAAUGCAUCUUUCAAAAGAUUUCACAUUUUAGAUCUGCUAUAAUUAUGGUCAAUGGUCAUUCAAAAUAUAGAUAUUGCUUAAUUAUAUCAUGUAAUUAUAUUUUCUUGGCCAAAGUGCAUUUCAUUCAUAUUUUCAAAAUUUAUUGGCCGCUAUAUGUUGUCUUUGCAAGUGUUUAAAACAUAAUAAUUGUAGUUGUAUUAUUUAUGUAGAUAAUAUGUUAUGUAAUAUUGAUGCUCUCAACUGUUAUGAUAUGUAUUUGUAGGAAAUUUACUUGUAGAAAGUUUCAGAUUAUCUUAGUUGUUAACUUCCACAAAGCCACAUUAAUUUCUGAAACUUUCCAUGACAUUUUUACUUAUGAGUUUUGUGCUUUUAAAAGUUGUGUUCUUUUUUAUAUUGUAUUAUAUGAAUAGUUUAGUCUGUGUAUAUUUCGUCUCAUUUUCUGUACUUUCAUGCUCUUGUCUUGCUCUCAUUUUUGAAUGCUGUGUUAUUCCUACUGUUUAUAUUAUCAUACCUGGAAACAUUCUUGUUACCACAUUUGUAAGUGUGCCAAAGUAGUAGAAAUAAAAAUAUAUGGAA